AUGUUUGCUGCUACUCAACAAAUCGCGUCCGUCGCCGGCCUCAAGGCCACCAAGGUUCAGAUCGGAGAUUUUUCCAAGUCCAUCUCCAAGGUUGUCAAAGCUGACAUCUACCCGGAAUUCGGUACCUACCCGGGCGGGGGCGAAUCCCCGAUCAUCCCGUUUGGCAACGAAAAGAACGCCGAGCGUGAAAUCAUCCACGGCAGAUGGGCCCAAUUGGGCGUCACUGGCGCCUGGGCCGCCGAGAACGGCACCGGCAUCCCGUGGUUCACCGCGGGUACCUUGUGCACCCCGGAUGACUGCACCGCCGUCGCGGACAAGUUCCCGGGCGCCGUCGCCCCGUUGGCGCCGGAAGGCUCUGGCUACCCGUCCUUCUGGAACGUUUUGAUCAUCGAAACCAUCUUGGUUGGCGGUGCCGAAGCGUACAGAACUGGCUUGGCGGCCAACCCGUUUGACGACGGACUCGUCGCGGGUGACGUCUCCCCGGGUGGUCGAUUCGACCCGUUGGGCUUGGCCGAAUCUGGUGACUUGGAAGAGUUGAAGAUCAAGGAAUUGAAGCACUGCAGAUUGUCCAUGUUCGCGUGGUUGGGCUGCAUCUUCCAAGCCUUGGCGACCCAAGAAGGUCCGAUCGCCAACUGGACUGCGCACACCGCGGACCCGGUUCACGCGAACGUCUUGACCAACGCGGCCAAGGGCUUCGGCUUCUACUAA